CGCUAACCCCUGACGUGACCCUGCAGGCUGCAAACAUGGCGGAGCCCUCCCUCGGUAAUUCGAGUCCAGGAGGUUCGGCAGGUUCCGAUGACCAUGAUUUCGAUCCGUCUGCUGACAUGCUCGUUCAUGACUUUGAUGAUGAACGUACCCUUGAAGAAGAGGAGAUGUUGGAAGCAGCAGAUGAGACAAAUGCCAAUGAGAUUGAAGAUCUUGCGCGGGAGGGUGAGAUGCCCAUACAUGAACUGCUGAGUCUUUAUGGUUAUGGGGGCAGAUCACCAACUGAGGAGGAGGAGGAGGAGGAAGACGAGGAACCUGAGGAAGAGGAGGAUGAGGAAGAAGAUGAGGAAGAGGACCUUGAUAAUGAUGAAAGCAGCAGAAGUACUGGCGAGCUGAAAAGAAAUGAGGGUGAAGAUUUUAAGACCUCAUCAGGACACGGGAGGGAAGCCCAGGCCACAUCUGAAGUUCGCACACGCUCAGUCAGGUCACUCGGCACAGCAGAACUCAUUCGCCCUCAGAGGCUCAAGUACUUCGAAAGUAAUAAUGAUGUGGAGGAUGAGUCAGAUGAAGAUGAGGACUACGUUCCAUCUGAAGACUGGAAAAAGGAGAUCAUGGUGGGCUCCAUGUAUCAGGCGGAGACCCCUGUGGGUCUGUGUAAAUAUAAAGACAAUGAAAAAGUUUAUGAAAAUGACGACCAGUUGUUGUGGAACCCCGAAUGUCUUUCUGAGGGCAAAGUUGUGGAGUUCUUGACAGAGGCAUCGAGGCGGACAGGAGAUGAAAAGGGAGUUGAUGCAAUCCCAGAGGGAUCCCAUGUCAAAGACAAUGAACAGGCCUUGUAUGAACUAGUAAAAUGUGACUUUGACACAGAGGAAGCUCUGAGAAGGCUGAGGUUUAAUGUAAAAGCUGCCAGAGAGGAGAUAUCGGUCUGGACCGAAGAGGAAUGUAGAAACUUUGAACAAGGACUGAAAGCUUAUGGAAAAGAUUUUCAUUUAAUACAGGCCAAUAAGGUGAGAACUAGGUCUGUAGGAGAAUGUGUGGCCUUUUAUUACAUGUGGAAGAAGUCUGAGCGUUAUGAUUUCUUUGCACAGCAAACCAGACUCGGAAAAAGGAAAUACAACCUUCACCCCGGUGUCACGGAUUACAUGGACAGAUUACUGGAUGAGACUGAGAGCACGACAUCCAGUCGAGCUGCAUCACCGCCUCCCACCACCUCCAGCAGCAGCGCCAGCCACUCUGAGAAGGAGGACAGCAGCAGUCAGAACGGUGUUGCUAGCCACCCUGUAGAUGGCUCUCAGUUGCCUCCAGGAAAUCCAGUCAAACCAGAGGUGGUUCAGUCCAACGGUCCCUCUCAUCCAGUGCUGGAGGCGCCUCCUUCAGUUCCUGACAACAACUCCAACGGCUGCAGCCAGCUCAGUGCUCCCAGCCAUGACAGGAACGGCUCUCUGGAGCCUUUGCUAGACCACAAAAAUGCAGCAGCAGUGGCGCUUGACAGACCGGCCAAGAGGUGCAGGACAGAGGCAGAGCCUUUGGGCCAAAGUGAGGUGGAACCAUCCAGAACACAUGAGAACUGAAGGCUCCACGGUUCAGCAAUGUUACUACAAGACACUGAGUUGAGGUGAAAAUGGGGUUAGUGGAACAUAGAAUGAGGACGAUGAACCUCUGUUGACCUGAGAGCAGAAAAAGACUCGUUGAAGACCACAGCCAACCAAACUGCAGCUGAUCCUGCAGGAGGAGCAGCAGCUUCUCUGGCCCCCUCCAUCCCAUCCAUGUACCGACUGUCUGCAAAGCUCACCCCAAAGUACCACAGCUUCAGCAUAUCCUACUAAACAUCCUCCACCCAUCUUCUCAUUCCUUUUCUUUCUUUUGAGACUGACAAAAUUUCGCCAAGAAUUUCCUUUUUUCUAUUUGUACUUAAAGAAAUCACCUGUGAUAUUUUUUUACACAAGAGAUAUUUAUAUUUUUUAACCAAAAAAAACUGACAACAAAGAAAAUCUGAUGAUGGGUUCUUGCUUUUCAAGCCACGAGGAUUUAACGAUUAUGUGUGCAAGUUGUCCUAAAUAAGCGAAGUAGGCUGGUGCUGUCACUAGCUCCAUUUAGUUGCACUUUGAUUGUAUGUUUUUCAUCGUUAUCGAUGAGUGACCCCCCCACAGCAGAAAUCCAUUUCACUGCCCUCACUUCUUCCUGUCACAGCUGUUUGUUGGAUUAUGAUAAAUAAACCCGGCGGGUCGUCCUCCUGCAGGUUUGUUUGUGGAAAGCAGCUGACAUCAGUGAUGUCCUGUAUUAUAACUCAUCGUGUAGAUCUCUGUAUUUUUAAACUUUCAUAGUCGGUGCUUUGCUCAACGUUUUGUUUUUACUGGACAGAAAGUUUGUGAUUUUUGUAAAGUUUGUAUAGAUUUCUUACUUGGAGCAGUUGGUGCGUUUCUUUGUCACAACUGUCGAUUCAUGUCUGUAUUUUCUGGUCUUCCUUGUAGGCUGUGCUUUAUUUUAAAUUUCCAUUUUAUUUUCUGAGGGGAAAGCAGUUUGCCUUUGGAAAUGGAUGUAGUAAAUAAAUAAAUAAAUUAGCCAUU